AUGACUAAUGGUGCUGGUAAUGUUGUUAAAAAGAUACAAUUGAAUCAAAUAGAUAAACCAUCCGGUAUAAUAUGGGUCCAAUUUGACUAUUCAGAUGUUGGAGAGAAGAGCAGACAUGGAAAUAGACACCUUUAUGUCCAAGGUAUUGAGUCCACAUGGACUCCAAUAAAGCCAAUCACAACUCAGUUUGCUGUGGGUAGAAACCAAACUGCACAAGUUGUUAGAAAACAGAUUCCACUUAGACCCGCUGCCGCUACGACAAUUCACCGUUCGCAAGGUGGCACUGAACAAUAA